AUGGCUGGAUCUUCCAAGAUAAAUAGAAAGAAAGGGAACGUGCCAGCUGAGCAUGAAUGUCAGCUGAAUCUUCUUCCUCGCGAUAUAUGGGUGAGGAUUGCCGCUAAGGUUGCGUCGAAUUCAAUUCAUGAUCUAUUCAACAUGCAGGCGAGUUGCAAGGUGUUCCUGGAUGCAGCGAGUUCCGAAGCUGUGUACCAACAUGCGACGAUGCGAGUUAUAGCGUUAGUGUCCUUUUUAUUUUACCUUGACCGGCCGAAAAGGAGGUUCCUCGAUCGCUGCGUUGAAGCAGGAAAUGCGGAUGCUAUACUCCGACUGGGGUUGAUAGAGUAUUUCUGGAUUGCCUGCCGUGGCAUUAGGAUGGAACUGCUUGCUAGGGCCUCGACAGAGGGCAGCGUCGAAGCAGGUUACCUGUUUGCCAUGUUGCUACUGUGUGAUCAUGAAGACGAGGAAAAAGUGCAAAGGGGUGUUGAAAUGUUAGAGUUUAUCCGUACUUCUGGAAAGGUCGAAAGGUGCAGGGAGUUCUUCGCGAACAUUUUCUGGGAGCGAUGGGUUGAUGAGAGACCAUCGGAUCCGGGACACGCUGUGGCUUGUUGGUCCACCAGUUGCUUUACCCGCGGUACCAUGGCUGAUGUGAAUGAUGUGUCCCGUGUCUCGUGUGUGCACCGCCUGGCAGAUUAUGAGGUCAGGGUUUUCUUGGAGAUGUUUAGAUUUUAG